CGUUAAAGUUGAUAAGUCAGAGAAAAGUUUUAAAGCUCCAAGGCUUCACGUGUAUUACCAAAAAAAAGAGAAUUCAGAAAUAAAAUAGGGAGAUUUUGAAAUUCCCAAAAGAAAACAAAGCUACUCCAUGGCGGAUCAAUUUGGCCCAUAUCUCACUGACGCUUUCAAAACCCUUCCUUCAAUUCUUCUUCCCGUUUGUUCUUCGCUUUUCCCCAGAUUUUUCACUAUAAACAAAACCAUCAAAUUUUCUCUUCAUUCCAUCACCAUAUGAUUCUAAUCACACAAGAUUCAUAAACAAUUGCCGCUGUCCACACAGGAGGAGCCGCCGCAGCCGCAGACAAGAGUUCCAGCUAUCAAUUCGUCUUCCUCUCCGGUCUGAUUUUACUCGUUGCCGGCGGAUCAGUCAGCGCAGCAGCAAAUCUGGGACGGAUUAUUCAGUGCAGCGCCUCAGCAGUAGCCACUAGCCGUGUUGAAUCGGUGAGAACAGGUGAUUCAGUUGGUACAUCAGCUCACAAUGUUGCUUGAUGAAUGCAACAAGGCACUCUAGAGGACAGUGAAUUGGAGCUUCAAAAGGGUUCUCCUUUUAGGUAGAAUUAGGAGUGAUGGAACACAUUACGCAAAGGCAUGAUCAUGAAUUGGAUGAAGAAGAGUACAUAUUGAUGGAUCUGGAUAAUGUUGCGGACCAAAUUACUAUUCCCCCAAACGCCCCCUAUGUUCUUUCGGGCCUUGAUACGUUGAACCCCAUUUUGAACAUUGAUGGAAAAAUUAAGCUGGUUGGAGAAUAUGUGGACACUAUUGGGACAUGCCUUGUGUUUGGUGAAAGUGAUGAAUCUGCAAUGGUUCAUGAAGAAAAUGGCUCAUCCAAAGCUAACAUUAUAUCAGGAAAAUGUUUAGCAGAUCCUAAGCCAACGUCAAGCAAGCAAGUAAGGCCGAUAACUCAGCUUCAUAAGAUUAUCAAGUUUAGAUUAUUUCGGGACGGUGAAAAUGAGGUGGAAAAAUAACAAAACCCGGUAUAAUCUCAAACCCAAUGUUGGGUUUUGACUUUUGAGGGUCAAGAUGUACACAAUGUUACCCAUGU